AAUCGUUGAGUAGCUAAUGUAUGUAAACUACUUUACGUCAUUGGCAACACUGACCCCAGCCUUGUAAUAUGGCCGCUACAGGCAAGAAAUCAAAGAAGGCAAAAUGGAUUCCAGCCAGCAUCACAGACAUUAUAGCAGAACCUACAACUAUCCCAGCAACAAACUGGGCAGACUCUGUAGAUGAGGAGCCUGAGAAUGCGUAUGGCGGGUACCAGACGCGCCAGCGCGCCCCGGUGGUGCUCCCGUCGGCGUCGCGGGCGGCGCGCGGCGGGCUGGCUGUCGACGACGAGUCCAUUCCUCGCCGGCCGCCUUUCACAGCCCACAUCUCCAACCUGCCUUAUGAUGUUGAUGAAAGUGCUAUCACUGAACUCUUCACUGGACUUAAGAUUACCAACCUGAGAAUCCCACGUGAGGGUGACCGCCUCAAAGGUUAUGGCUGUGUGGAUUUUGAAGACAGGGAGGGUCUUAUCAAUGCUAUGAACAUUCCUGACCUGACAAUAGGCGGGAGACGGAUAAGAAUAGAGGUGUCUACCCAGGACAACGACCGCCGGAUGGGUAGGGGCGGCAGGUCCGAUCGAGAAAACCGGGAGUACGACCCGGAGCGCACGAUGGGCGACUGGCGCUCGGGGCCGCGCGCCGUGCCCGAGCCCAGCGCGCGCCCGCGCAACCCCGAGCGCGGCGAGCGGCCCGAGCGCGCCGAGCGGGAGCGAGACUCGAGCGCAGACAACCGGCCGGGCGGCUGGCGGGACGGCGAGCGGGCCGCGCCUGAGCCCGCGCGCGCGCCCUACGGCGGCCGAGACUCCUUCGGCCGGGACCGCUUCGAGGGCAGGGAGCGCGGCGGCUUCAACCGCGAGGAGCGGCCCGAGCGCAGCGGCUACGGCGGCCGCGACGGGUUUCGCGCGGCCGACAGGGGCGAGGGUGGCUUCGGAAAUCGGGAAGGUAGAGGUUUCGGUGGACGCGGCUUUGGCGAUCGUGAUCGGGAACGUGACCCACCUCCAAGAGAAGACACUCGGCCUCGUGAGCGUCCGAAGUUGAACCUCCUGCCGCGUACGGUCCCGCGCGACCCUGAAGUGCCCACCAAGCCGGCCGACGGCGCCGCGUCCGACGACAUGCCGCCGCCCGACAAGGACAAGCCGAAACCUGUCUCUGCUGAGAAAGUGUUCGGCGCGGCCAAGCCUGUAGACACAGCAGCCAAGGAACGGGAAAUUGAAGAGCGACUUCGAAAACAAGAGGAAGAAGCAAGGCAGCGAGGUACUGAAGAAAAAGAACGUUGGGGAAGAAGGAAUGAUCACUCUGGUGACCGUCGUGGUGCUCCUAAACGUGAUGACCGCCCUAGAGAUUCGCGUAGCUAUAACAGGGACCGACGCGAUUAUUCCAAGGACGACAAGGACCGGCGCGAUUACAAAGAUGAUCGGGACAAACGCGACUACAGAGACGACAGGGAUCGUCGCGACAGAGACGACAGAGACAGGCGCGACUACAAGGAUGACCGCGACCGCCGCGACUACAAGGACGACCGCGAGCGGCCUCCCGCCCGCGACCAGUCCGGGCCGCGCCGCGCGCCGCGCCGGGACCUCUCCGCCGAGCGCCGCGAGCCCUCCGCCGAGCGCCGCGACCGCUCCGCCGAGCGCCCGCCCGCCGACCCGCUGCCUGACGACCUGCCGCGCGACGAGCGCAACGGCCGCACCAGGCCCAGCCGCUCGCGGGACCGGCACGAUGAAAUCGAUGACAUCAGCCUCCCUAAGCUUAAAGAGCAGGAAAAACCGAAUUUUGUUGCAUCAAAUAAAUUCAGCUUCUUAGAGGACGCCGACGACGGCGGGUCCGAUUAACACGAACGUUAAGUUGGUGUGCGCUACAUAAUAGUGUCCAUUUUAUAAUUGACUCGAGUGUAAAGUGUAAAUUUACGAGUAUCAAAGUGUCUAACGUGUAGAACGGACUCGAUAAAGCACUGAGACAAUCUUAAAUUGUGCUAUGUUAUAGAACUCGAUUGAUAGUCACUAGUGCGGUGUGGAUAUACGUGUAUAUUAAUAGGGUUGCUAUAUGCUCACACUGCUUCGAGGCCAGCCCCAGUCUUUAUUGUUGUUUCCAUAAUAAUGCUCUUAUAUUAGAUUUGUGGGUUAUCCCAACUGUGCUUGUGCUAAGUUUCUUAGGAAGUUGUAAUAAAGACUGGGGCUUGUAUGUGACCAUGUUGUACUGAUUUGUGUAAAUUUUUCUAUGGGUUUGUUACAAUAAUGUUAAUGUGAAUGGUUGCAAACAUGGCCAAGGUUUGAUAACUGCAAAUAUUCCAUUAAAUUCAGAUAUGAACUGGUUUUGGGUCAGGUGCUGCACUGUCAUUUUUUGUGAAUAAUUACUAUUUCAUAAUUUUAUAUUAAUGCAAUAUUGUAAUCCUUUUUAGAAGGACUUUUACUGCAGUUGAUUUCAAUGCCACCAUAGGGAAUCUAAUUUCUAUAUUUUAGAAUAUGUGUCUUUAUGUUAAAUAUUUAGUCGAUUUAGGUUAUUAGAACGUUAAUUGUAUUAUUUAUCUUUACACUCAAAAUUUGUUAAAAUAAUCAAGUGGUGAGUUGUUUAGCCGCAAUAUUCCUAUAUACUUGCAAGUAUGCAUACUGGUUGCGCCGGCCCUAAUUGUUAUAAAAUAUAAUUAUUAAAUAAAAGGUACCUAAUAAAAACGAUUAGGGCUUGGUAAAAAUAUAAUUUAAUUUUCUAAACAUUACAGACGUAUCAUUUGUAAUAUCGAAGAAUUUUUGUUUGGUACACUAUGUAAUUGUGAAUUAUAAAUAAAUAAUUACCCUUUUUACAGUAA